CACACACACACUUCUUGUUGUCAUUGAUUUUGAAGGCCAAAAAAUAUUUUAUUUGUUCCAUUGAGUCGUAUAAUCAUCAUCAUCAUUAUUAUCAUUGUGUAUAUUUAUAGUUUCAGUGAUUUUUAUAAUAAAAUUAUUUUAAAUAUUCAGUUAAAUAAAUAAAUAACAAUGGAGGCAUGUAAUAUGGUUGAACGUGAACUCGAUAAAGUUCUAUUAAAAUUAACAGAUAUAAAUGAUCAAGCUGGAGCAGUGCUACAAGAUUUGAUCAAUGAAAUUGAGACGUUAAAACGGGAAUUGGAUGAAGCUCCACCAGAUCAAGAAUUAACACAAAAUCAAAUACAAAUAAUAAAACAAGCUAUGAAAAAAGUACGUGAUACAGUACAACGUUUAUCAACUGAUCAUCGUGAUGUACAUGGUAAUGUAUCAAAAGUUGGAAAAGCAAUUGAUAGAAAUUUCAUAGCUGAUUUUGCAAGUACAAGUAGAGAAGAUGUAUUUAAUGGACCAGAAAAAUCACAUUUAUUAAAUCAAGUUAUAUGUCAACAUUUUUAUCGUCAAGGAAUGUUGGAUAUUGCUGAUGAACUUGCAGCAGAAACUGGAGUAAAGACUGAAGAAGGAAGAAAAGAACCAUUUACUGAAUUAAAUCAUAUACUUGAUUGUUUAAAACAAAGAAAUUUAGAACCAGCAUUAGAAUGGGCUAAAAAUCAUAGAGAUGAAUUAAUGUCACAAAGUUCAUCAUUAGAAUUUAAAUUGCAUAGAUUACAAUUUGUAAGAUUAGUUGAACAAGGACCAAGUAGUCAAGCUGAAGCUGUUAUGUAUGCAAGAAAAAAUUUAACACAAUUUGUAUCACGUUAUGAAAAAGAAGUACAAUCACUUAUGGGUACAUUAUUAUAUUUACCAAAUGGUAUACAAUCAUCACCAUACAGUCAUCUAUUGGAUCCAACACUUUGGCUUGAUAUUCAUGAUGUAUUUACUAAAGAAGCAUGCACAUUACUUGGUCUUAGUAUUGAUAGUCCUCUAACAGUUUGUGUUAAUGCAGGAUGUACAGCAUUACCAGCACUGCUAAAUAUUAAACAAGUUAUGCAACAAAGACAAGUUACUGGUAUUUGGAAUGGAAAAGAUGAAUUACCGAUUGAAAUUGAUUUGGGUCAACAGAGUCGUUAUCAUUCAGUAUUUGCAUGUCCAAUAUUACGACAACAAAGUACUGAAAAUAAUCCACCAAUGAAACUUGUUUGUGGACAUGUUAUAUCCAGAGAUGCACUUAAUAAAUUAACAAGUUCAAACAAAAACCAAUUUGCUUCCAGAUUGAAGUGUCCAUACUGCCCAGUUGAACAAAAUCCAGAGGAAGCCAGACUAAUCUAUUUUUAAAUACACUGUGAUAAGGAGAUAAAACAAAAAAAAAAAAAUACGAAAAUUAUUAUAUUAUAAACAUUUAUUAUAUUCCAUUUAAAAAAAAAUAUGUUUGUUUGUUUGUUUGAUUUUUUUUUUCUUUUUCUAAAUGCUUAUUAUUAUACACUUAAAAAGAAAAAAAAAAUAUUUUUAGUUUAUUUAAUAGUUAAUAUAGAAGUAAUUUUUAAAAUAUGAAAAAAAAAAAUUAAAACAUUUAUACACAUAUAUUAAAUUAAUUUAUAUAUCAUUAUUAAUAUGAUGAUUGUUUAAAAUUAUGAAAAUAUUGUAGAAAAUUUAAGGAAUUAUAACAAUAACAAUAUGAUAAAUAAUAAUUUUCUUUUAUUUGGGUAAAAAUUUUAUAUUAAAGUUAAGUGAUGAGUGCUAAAAGAAAAAACAAAUGUUUAAAUUUGAAAAAAAAAUAGAAAACUUAUGAAUAAUUGAAGUCAUGGUUACGAUUGAUUAAACAAAAAAACAUUUAUAAAUUUUUUAAUUUUAAUUUUACAAUCAUGAGUGCUAGAAAAAAGUCAAUUUUAACAAAUAUUAAAAAUAAAAAUACAUGUAAAUCAAAAAUAGCAACAACAUCAGAUCCUCAAUUAUAUAAUAAACUUGAUUAUGAAGAAAAAAAUAAUGACAAAGACACAGUGCUAUUAGAUGUUGAUAAAUUAUCAUCUGAUGAAUUAAAUAAUUCAAUUGAACGUGUUAAAAAAAAUCCAAUUGAACCAUUUAAAUUUUUGACUAAUAUUAUUGAUGAUUCAAAUGGAUUACUGAAUGAAAAAAAAAUAAUACCAAAACAAACUGAGAUUGACGUAAUACCUAGAUUUAAUGAUUAAUUUUAGAAAAUAUAUUAAUUAAUUAUAUAAAUGAAUUUUUGUUUGAUUUUAUAAAGAUUAAAUUGGCGACAUUGUCACGUAGAAUUCAGAUGAAUAAAUCAAUUCUCGAAAAGGCA